CUACAGAAAUAUUAAAGGCUGUACGCUCAAUAUGCAGGCAGCUCAAAUAUAGGCCAGAUGAAGCUCUGUCAGUUCAUUAAUCAGCGUAGAAACGAAGCAAUGUGUGCUUAAUUUACGGUAUAUUGAAUGGUUAUGUAGUAUGAGAUAGAGGACCGACCGCAAGAUUUAAUACUUCAAUCCCCCAAAACUACGAGGCGCGACCAGUAUGAAAUCUGCGUUGCAACUGAUAACGCGAUGAAGACGUUCUUGCUUUCGAUUUAUGGUGUGUUUUGUUUUGUACUCUCUACAAUUGCAAUUCAAAGCGAUUCGUGCGGACAAAAGAUCUCCGGCGCUGGUUGGAAGUGGCACGUGCAACUCCUGCAUAUCCGGCAAGCACCGGCGCAAGCCUUCCAGUGCAGUGGAACCCUGCUUAAUCAGCUGUUUGUGACUACCGCAGCGCACUGUCUGUACGAUCUAAAUGGUGACCCACUUGAUAAGAGUCAACUGGAAAUACUACUAGCGGAUGGAGAAAACCGUUCCAUUAUUCGAACAUUCCAACCGGAACCAUUCGAUGUUGAAAGGUUGAGCAACGAUUUCGCCCUGCUGUUGCUUGAUCGGGCAGUGGUCUUUAACGAGUUGGUGGCGCCAAUCUGCCUACCCGAACCGUACACGGUUCUUCCGCAGAUUGUACAUACGCCAGCACUGGACGGUAAAACUCUUCCAGUCAACAGCGGAGUCACAUGUUUGCACGACGCCCAGACUUUGUUCGGGAUGAUGUACGCGGACGCCAUUUGUCUGGGACAGUUCGAAAAAACACACACAUAUCAUCGGAAUGCUGGGGGUGGGCUGUACGUUGAUCAUAAUUCCAGCUGGCACCUGGUGGGAAUUGUAAUGUAUGCUACCGGCCCUUCUAGGGUUCACAUCGCUUACAUUGGCGGAGUUCUGUUGGAAAGGCAUUUGAAUUGGACCAGGAGAGUGAUGAUGCAUUAUACCGAAAGCAUACCUUUGAGUGAAACAAAUUGUAAAACAUACGUAGGUGAUGCCAAUCUACCGUUCGAAGAGUACCAUCCAAUAGUGAAUAUUGUGGACACAGAUGAAAACAUAUCUGCACGUACCAUUUGCCACGGAACCUUGGUCAGUCCUCGGUACGUUCUAACAACAGGGCGAUGUGCAUUGAGAGCUAAAAGAAUCUUCAUACACUACGGAGGUGAGGGCAAUUUGGAUUGGUUUAGAGUGAAAGAUUUCACCUCCUCUGGACGGCUGUCGUUGAUUGCGCUAGACCACGAUGCUAGAAAACAAUCCGGAGUACUAACUUGCCUGUACUGGCGUACUACACCGACACAAUUCAACUAUACCACUCGGAUAGCGCAUACGGAUUCGUUUGUCCGUCUAGAAGGAAUACAGGUCCAAUAUCGGGUGGACGAACCUCUGAAGGUGCAGUACUAUUGUUCCCGCUAUCUCUACCAUGGUCACUUCACCAGCCCGGGUGAUGCACUGGCCGUCAAAGAAGCUGGUGAAUCAUUCUACCGAGUGGUGGGCAUUCUGGACGAUACGCUAGGAUGUGAACCGUUCGAUUAUUUCUACGAGCGACCGAAAACUGUCGAGGCCAUCAAUGUCGAGCUAUAUCUACCGUGGAUCGAAGAUACUGUAUGGGGCUGUUCAUAAACCAGGUAGACCAGACCCCCCC